UAGCAGAUGUUCAAAUCUGUAUAUGUAUGUCAAUGGGUUUCAUUCUAUAAUAAAAUCAACAAAAUAUUAUUAUAUCGCUCGAAAAUCUUUAUCGUUUUUGUUAAACAAAGGAAGUCCUAUUAUCUAUUGGUCAACGCUAUAAUUGAUGCCUCAUGCUCAAGAUAGUUAUAUAGCAUUAAAUCCUAUUUAGUUCAGCUACAGUCGUACAUUGACGAUUCAGUUUAUUCUGUACUGCUAAACUCUCAACAUCUCCCUUAAAAUAAUCGAGAUGGAGCUCAAUUUCGUGAAAUUGUCGGUUAUUGUUUUGAUUUCCUGCUUGUUUGUGCAGACAGAAAGUGCCUACUUCUACAACUGUGAAGAUACUCAGACCCUUGGAAAUGUUCAGAGCAUCAAAGUUACCAACUGCGAUUCUAAUGAUGAAGAUUCAAAAUGCAUUUUGAAGCGAGGAACUAAUAUCACAUUCGAUUUGACCUUCAAAACAGGUGUAGAAACUGACACUGUAACUUCUGUUGUGCAUGGAAUAAUUUUUGGAGAAUCAAAAAAAUUCGAUUUGCCCAACAGCAAUGGAUGCGUCGACUCUGGACUCCAGUGUCCUCUGGCUAAAGAUAGUGUAAACACAUACGUGUCAUCUUUACCUGUGAAGAAAAUAUACCCGAAACUCAGCGUUGAUGUUAAAUGGGAACUCCAAAACAAAGAUGGCAAAGACAUUGUUUGUAUAAUCAUACCAGCCAAACUUGCUUAAUUUAUGAAAGAAAUGUUGUGAUAUGGAAUAGAAAAAUAGAAAAUCGAUACCAAAGAUAGUUUUGAGCAAAA